UAGUACAACACUGUAUUCAUUCUUUUAGUCCAAACAAAGUCACUUUUCAAAGAAUAUACCAUCAGAGGUGCAGAGGUAAAAGGAGUUCAGACAUCCAAUGAAUAACGUAUUCAAACCCGGAAAUCAACGGAACCCCGUUUCUAGUCUGAUCGCGAGAUUUAGCCGGGUGUGUACCAGCCGAAUGAGUACCUAUUCAGUAGUGCUUAUACAUAUCCCUACAUGCUCAACAUGGAUGAAGAUGCGUUGGAGUUAAAAUGUCAUAUUUUGGACUUGCCCUGGGAGGAUGUAUUAGUUCCACACAUUUUAUGCCAUUUACCAUUGCGACACAUUGCAAGCCUCCAAAGAGUGAGCAAGCAGUUCCAAGCUCUCAUUCAGGUGUACCUUGCCAACUGCCGGAAUUUCGAUCUGUCACAGAUUGGCACAUGCAUUCCCAAGGAGGCGUUUUGUAGCAUGUUGAGGGACAACAAAGUUCUCCAGAACCUGUCACUUCAUAACUGUGCAGAGUGGGUGACGGACAAAGAGCUGCUGCCAGUCAUCGGCCAAAACCAGCACCUGCUAAGAGUGGACAUGAGGGGCUGCGUGCGGCUCACCCGCCAUUCCCUGGUGGCGGUGUCCCUGAGUUGUGUGCAGCUCCAGCACCUGGUUCUGGCGCACUGCGAGUGGGUGGACAGCCUGUCCCUACGCAGCCUGGCCGACCACUGCGGGGGGCUCCAGUCCAUCGACCUCACCGCCUGUCGCCAGCUCAAGGACGAGGCCAUCUGCUACCUCGCCAAGAAGUGUCUGCGGCUGAGGUCUCUGUCGGUGGCCGUCAACGCCAACAUCACCGAUGAGUCUGUGGAGGAAGUCGCCAAGCACUGCAGGAGUCUGGAACAGCUGGACCUGACGGGCUGCCUGCGGGUGGGGAACCAGUCCAUCAGGACCGUGGCGGAGUACUGUCCAAAGCUGCAGUCCCUCAAGGUGAACCACUGCCACAACGUGACCGAGUCCACUCUGAACCCGCUGCGCAAGAGGAACGUGGAGAUCGACGUGGAGCCUCCUCUGCAGCGGGCCCUGGUGCUGCUGCAGGACGUGGUGGGCUUCUCCCCGUUCAUCAACCUGCAGAUAUAGUCCGUAAGAGAGCCACGUGUAAAGGCUUAGGCCCAAUCCCAUUUCUACCCCUUACCCCUUCCCCUUCCCCCUCCACCUUGUUUUGAAGGGGUAAGGGGAAGGGGUAAGGGGUAGAAUGGAUUGGGCCUUAGGCCAAAUCCCAUUUCUACCCCUUACCCUUACCCCUUCAAAA